AUGACACCAAAGUCUCCUACGAGUUCAAAUGGACUUGGGAAGCGACCAAUGCAUUCCUCUAUUACAGGCACAAAACAUCAGAAAUACUCACAUGAUAGGAAUUUAGCAACUCUAGCAUUGCAACGUGCUCGUCAGGGUCUUCCCAUCUAUGCGCAUCGCAGUAAAAUCAUUGAAACGAUCAAUGCAAAUCAAGUUGUGAUCCUCGUUGGCGAAACAGGAAGUGGCAAGACGACGCAAAUUCCUCAAUAUAUAUGGGAAAAUGACCGUACUCAUGCUCGUAUAGCUAUUACACAACCACGUCGUGUAGCUGCUAUUACGGUCGCUCAACGCGUGUGUGAGGAAGCCAAUCGAGGUCCGGUAGGUGAGACUGUUGGCUAUUGUAUUCGAUUUGAUGAUAUGACGUCCAAGAACACACGACUCAAGUUCAUGACGGACGGUAUGUUAGUGCGAGAAGCACUGCUAUCUCCAACGCUAGAGAAAUACUCGGUCGUUGUAUUGGAUGAAGCACAUGAAAGGACAUUGCAGACAGAUAUUCUGUUUGGUAUUGUAAAGCGUGCCAUGCGGAAACGAAGAGACUUGAAGGUAGUCGUCAUGUCUGCUACUUUAGAUGUAGCACUGUUUCGUAAUUUCUUUGAGGACUUUAAACCUUCAGUGAUUCAGAUACCUGGACGGAUGUAUCAGGUCGAUGUGUUCUAUACGGCAAAGACACAGCCCGAUUAUCUUGAUUCAGCGUUGGUGGCUGUGUUGCAGAUUCAUUUAGACGAGAAGACAAGUACUGGCAGUAUUUUGGUCUUUUUGACGGGUCAGGAAGAUAUUGAAACGCUCGAGACACUCUUGGACGAAUACGCUCGAUCAUUGCCUGCUGAUGCACUGAAGCUGAUGGUGUGUCCAAUCUUUGCUGCUAUGCCUCGUGAGCAGCAAAUGAAGGUGUUUGAACCUGCACCUACUGGAGUGCGUAAGGUGAUUCUUGCCACGAACAUUGCUGAGACGUCGAUCACUAUCAAUGGUGUACGUUAUGUCGUGGACACGGGGCUUGUCAAGCAGCGCUCGUUUGUUGCGUCGAGCGGUAUGGAGAUGUUGCAGACUGAACCUGUUUCAAAAGCCCAAGCUUGGCAACGUACGGGUCGUGCAGGUCGUGAAGCGCCUGGUGUUUGCUACCGCUUGUUCCCAGAAGAGACUUUUGAGCAGCUUCCAGAGCGCGCGAUCCCUGAUAUUCAGCGUGUGAGUCUGGAGGUUGUGGUGCUGCAGCUGAAAUGUAUGGGUAUUGACGACGUGCUUGGUUUUGACUUUAUUGAGAAACCGCUCAAGACGUCUUUAAUCAAGGCUCUUGAGAAGCUCUAUGCACUGAAAGCGCUGGAUAAUGUGGGCAAGCUGACCACACGCGGUCGACAAAUGGCCGGUCUUCCUGUAGAGCCCAUGUACGCUGUGAUGCUGUUGCAGGCGACAGAAUUGGCUUGUGCUGAAGAAGCACUGAGUGUCGUAGCCAUGUUGUCUGUAGAGUCCGUCUUCUACUCUCCUCGUGACAAAAAAGCUGAAGCAGCGCAAUCCCGUGCGCGAUUCGUUGCUUACGAAGGAGAUCAGAUCACUUUGCUCAACGUUUUUAAUGGGUAUAUCCAGUGCGGAGUGAAGCAGCGGAACAAGUGGUGUCGUGACCACUACUUGAAUCACCGUGCCAUGAUGCGUGUCGAGAGUGUUCGGAUGCAGCUGAAGGGGUACCUUGAAAAGCUUGAGCUGCCUAUUGAUUCCAGCUUCCCCGACAUUGAUCCAUUACGAAAGAGCAUCGUGGCUGGCUUUUUUCUAAAUACAGCGAUGCGAUCUGUCGCAGAGGGUCUGGGUGGUUCCAAGACGGCAUACAAAACAAUGUGUGGUCGGUCACAGAUUGUUAAGUCCCUCGCUCGUUUAAUUCAUCCGACUGAACUUUCAUUGGUCAAGAUCCAAGGUCUAACCGACAAAAAGGACGUGGACUUUUAUCUCGGCAAGAAGAUUGCCUACAUUUACAAGGCAAAAUCUUUGAAGAACGGCUCGCAAUUUCGCGUUAUAUGGGGUAAAGUCAUGCGUGCUCAUGGCAGCAAUGGUGUUGUUCGUGCCAAGUUUGCCAAGAACCUACCGGCUGAGGCGAUUAGCAAGAGCGUGCGCGUCAUGCUGUACCCAAGUCGCGUUUAA